AUGCUCGAGAACCACAUUUGGUCUUCAAGAAGGUAUUCGCGGCUCAAAGCUAUGGAAGUCCCACUCCAUCAACCAUCAUACUCGAGCCGAAAGCGCAGAAGAUACAUUAAUAUUCUCGGAUCGGUGUUUUUGUUGAUACUUGUGAAUCAUUUCUAUUGGCAACAGAGGCACAAGUUGCUUCUCGAUUCGUCGGAACAUGAACGUAUUUCGUCCAAGAUAUGGCAAAUAUCACUGCCCCGUUCACAGUCGCCAAAGGACCUCGCCAUCGACCCCGAGCAGCUCAGUGACACGCGGUCGUGGAUCGCCAUGAAUCCCGAUUACGAAUACCGCCUGGUUGGUUUAAAGAGCGCCGACCGCUUCGUGGACGAGCAUUUUGCCCACGAUUCCGAAGUCUUGCGCAUGUACCACGGGCUCAGAAACCCCGGGUUGAAAUCAGACCUUUUACGCUACCUCAUCCUGUCCGUCCAGGGCGGCGUCUACUGCGACACGGACACGCUGGCCCUCAAGCCCAUUGACGAGUGGGUGCCCGAGUGCAUGCGGGACCGCGUGCGGCUGGUCGUUGGUAUCGAGUUUGACCAGCUCGGGGGGUCGAGCUGGGCCGACAUACCGCACGAGUUACAGUUCUGCCAGUGGACCAUUGCGGCGGCGCCGGGACACGCCGUGUUCACGAGCAUGAUCCGGCGGGCCAUUGACUCUCUAGACGGCCUGUCGAGGGCCUACAAUACCACGUUAUCGGCACUUGCGCCCACCAGCCUCGAGGUCAUGAACUCGACGGGGCCCGCGGCCUGGACCGACGUCGUGUGGGAGCAGCUGCAGCUCGCGGACCCGCAGAACCUGACAGAGCUCAAGGACCUCUCGGGCAUGACGGCGCCCCGGCUCUAUGGCGAUAUUUUGGUCUUGCCCAUUGAUGGAUUUGGCAUGGGACAGCCGCAUUCGCAUAGCACCAACGAUGGGUCGAUCCCGGCUGCUGCGAAUCUAAGGCAUAAGUUUCGUGGAUCGUGGAGAGACGGCUGA